ACCCAGUAUCAGACUCGACUUCAGUUAUCGCGACCUGGAUUCUACCAACCCCCCCCCUCCGGCAUUUUAUCCAUCAUGCGCUGACAUUUUAUUCUCGAGCUCGUUUGCAGCGCCCCUGGAACGACCGGCAACAUGGAUUGGGCCGCCCCAAAUGUCACGCAUACACGUCCCAACACUUCUCGCCUCACAACACUCCCUGGCCCCACUAGCAACGUCAACCUGGACCCGAGACUCCAGCGAGAGUUGUCGAGGACCGAUCCUUCAGUCCCCUUCAAUCCAAAAACCAGGUACCUGCAUCAUACUUGGGCUCAGACAUUCUUUUCACGGCCUGAACUGUACUUUCAGCCCUCCAGUGUGCCCGAGCUGCAAAAGAUUGUGACACUCGCCCGCAGAUGUCGCAAAAGGCUGUGCGUGACCGGUUUUGGUCAUUCGCCCUCUGACUUGACCUGUACUUCCUCUUGGCUUCUUAAUCUAGACAAUCUAUCCCAAGUGCUCGAAAAGAACGUCGACGGCACUCCAGGGCUGAUUCGGUUUCAAGCUGGCUUGUCCCUGCACAAUCUCAACCUCGCGCUCGCCGAAGAUGGAUAUACCCUGCCGAAUCUGGGCUCUAUCGACGUCCAAUCCGUUGCAGGGGUUAUAUCAACCGGCACUCACGGUUCCAGCCUCAAACAUGGCCUCUUGUCCGAUUCCAUCACCUCCCUGACAAUUCUAUUGUCCAACUCACAGUUGGUCACAUGUUCAGCGGCCAAGAACCCCGAACUCUUUCGGGCGGCGCUAUUAUCGCUUGGGUCGCUUGGGAUCAUCGUAGAGAUUACUAUGCAGGCUGUUCCCGACUUCAAGAUCUCUUGGUCGCAAUCACUUCAUACACUUGCGUCGGUCAUUGAGUCUUGGGACAAAGACCUUUGGACCCAAAAAGAAUUCACGCGGGUGUGGUGGCUGCCUUACAUGCAUCAAGCAGUCAUUUGGCAAGGCGCUAAAACGGACGCUGACCUACGACCUCCCAACACGACCUUCUAUGGCGGUGCUUUCGGAUACUAUGUAUACCACAAUUUGCUCUGGUUAUCGAACUCCUUCCCACGCAUCCUUCCGUGGAUCGAAUGGUUCGUCUUUGGCAUGCAAUAUGGCUUCAAGCCGGGGAGUUAUACCAUGUCUGCUGUUCAACCUGCUCGCGAGGCCCUUCUCAUGGACUGUCUGUAUUCACAAUUCGUCAAUGAAUGGGCUCUCCCCCUCUCCAGAGGCCCAGAAGCUAUUCGCCGGCUCUCAGCCUGGAUCAAUCAUGAUGAUGCCGCGGCCGGUAUUCCCAUCUCCAGCAAGGGCGUCUGGGUACAUUGUCCAGUCGAAGUCCGCGUUACACAUACAGGACGUCUCAACUCCAAACAAGAGUCUGCGGUGAGACCAUAUCUCGACCCUACCGUACCUGACGGGCCAACUCUUUAUCUCAAUGCCACUUUGUACCGACCUUAUGGUCAGGAUCCCCCUUGUCACGAGAAAUACUACGAAGCGUUCGAAUAUCUCAUGCGUGAGAUGGGUGCACGACCCCAUUGGGCCAAGAACUUUGCUUUUACCGGGGCCAAAGAGAUCAACAUCCUGUACGGUAACGACAUGACUGAGUUUAUGAAGAUUCGUGAUGAGAGCGAUCCUGAAGGGAUGUUCUUAGGUGAGUGGCACAAGAGGAACUUGCCUCUCAAGCUGGGGCGGAAGAAUGGCGCAAGUCUUGGUCUCAUGGAAGAAGAGGUGCGCCGAUCGAAGAGAAGCCUGGGGUGGGGAUAUGGUGAUGGUGUCCUUUGGGAAGGCAGCAUGAUGGCUGCUGAUGGGGAAGAGAAUGAGGAGUCCGAGAGUCCCAUCAGCAAAGGCAGUGAUGGUACGCCGAGUCCUCCUGCCACAACUACAAGCGAAGAGUCGUUUGAAUACAUGGCUAAGGGCGAGGCGAGCGUGUAUGCUACAGAACGUGGACAAGAGUAGCGGGAGAGGAAGAGGAAGAGGACCAAGAAUGGGCCUUGUAUUCGCCGCGCGACUUUCGUUUUGAUCUCUGGUGGUUUCCUUUUCUGCAUUUAGCUCCACGGUCGGCCUUUGACCUUCAACUUACCAUAUGAAAGAAACCCAUGAUAGAUUUGUAUUUGGGAGUUACUUAAGUGGAGUUUCUUUCUCAAUUCUCA